GUAAAAACUUCCCCAAUGUUGUCUGCUUUUUAGGCCAUUUCUCUUCAAAUCCCAAUCUCAACUCCCGAUAACCGAAACAAAAAUACACAGAGAAGAAGAAGAAGUAGACCCAACUCAUCAAUGGGUUGCGUUUCAUCCAAGCUCUUCAAGAAAGAGCUUAAGCGAGAUAUCAUACUCAACAAUGGCGGCGACUACAUGAACCAUGUUGUUUCUCUGACUUCAAGCACUUAUGGGGUUCUUAAUCUUGACAAUGGGAAGCAACCCAUUAAAGACUCUGUUGUUACGGAGAUUACUAAAAAAGUUCAGAGGUCGCCGACUCGAGAAAACAAGCCAGAGGUUAUUAAUGCUUGGGAGCUUAUGGAAGAUUUAGAAGAAGGAAUGCCCAUUUCGAAUCAAGUCAAGAAGAGUCCAAAAACUCGUGCUAUUCUUCUUCGUGGGUUCGCGGAUAUGGAUCCGAAAAGUCCAUUGAAGUUCUUGAAUCAGAUUGGUUCGCCGAGAAAGUCAAAGAGUGUCGGAGGAGGGGGAGGGAAAGAGAAUAAUAAAGGCGCCGUUGGUAGUGGUUAUGUGGUUCGGUCAGAUUACAGUCCCAGAGGGGUACUGAAAGUGAGAAAUUCCAGUGAGAAAUCUUCCAAGGCAGUGUUGAGUUUGAGUUUUCAGGCAAAAGGGUCUCCGAAAAGGGACAGCUUUAGUCCUUUGUUUGAUCCAGAUUUAGUAGCUUCUUACGAGAAAGAGUUGAAUGUUGAAGGAGAGCAAAUCAAGAGAAUGGUGUCUCCAUCGCCUAAUAAAGCUCGGAGAAAAACGAGGACUUUGGAGAGUAGUACUACUAAUCUACUACAAUCUUUCACUAAGAAUUGCCCGAAGGGGGGAGAGAAUGCCGUGGUGAUUUACACCACAACACUUAGGGGAAUUAGGAAAACUUUCGAGGAUUGCAACAAAGUGAGAUCGAUCAUUGAGUCUCACCUCAUACACGUGUUGGAACGCGACAUAUCCAUGGAUUCGGGGUUUAAGGAAGAACUUAGGAAGCUAAUGGGAAAAACACAAGUGAAAGUUCCAUUGGUUUUUGUCAAAGGUAGAUUAAUCGGGGGAGCUGAACAGGUUGUGAAGUUGGAGGAAGAAGGAAAGUUGGGUGCUUUGUUUGAUGGGAUACCGCAAAGUGCUUUAGGCGGCGGUUGUGAAGGUUGUGCUGGCUUUAGAUUUGUCAUGUGUAUGGCUUGUAAUGGGAGCUGUAAGGUUUUGGACGAGAAGCAGAAGCAGCAGCGGAGGAAGAUUAUGAUGGUGAGAUGUGUUGAGUGUAAUGAGAAUGGUUUGGUCCAAUGCCCCAUUUGUUGUUAAUUCUUGAUUUGGCUUGGAGUAUUGGUUUUGGUCAUCUUCUUUCCAAGUGAUGAAGAAUGUUUUUUAUUUAUUUAAUGGGCAAAAAUCCCAUUUGGGAAAUGGGGUUUCUAAAGUGGGUUUUAGGCCUCUUUCUCCUUAGUUAUUAUGAUUUACACGUUUGCUGACAUUUGUUGAUGUUGUAGUGUUACUUGUAGUACUCAUCAUUUGAUAUGUAAUCCUCUCUUUCUCUCUCCAUGUAUUUUGGAGGAAUUAUAUAUGAAUGUGAAUUUUCUAUCCACAUUACUUCUUAUUUAA